CACAGAAUCAAGAACCAGAGCCCCCCAAAUAUAUACAUACACAUACAUACAUAUAUAUAUAUAUCUCUAGAGAGAGAGAGAGAGAGAGAGUCUUUACAAAAUCAAAAUCAAAAUCAAAUCAAAUCGGUUAAGAUGGGGUGCUGCGGGCGGUCGAGAACACUUUCCCCGACCAAAUCAACCUCUCCGGCGGCGGCGGCGGCGGCGGCGGUGGCGGUGGCGGAGGAGGACAAGAGCAACGUGAAGCACGAGGUUCUGGCAACCAUCCGGGGAUGCAAGGUGCAUCUAAUGGACGAAGGCGAAGCUCUGGAGCUCGCCGCCGGCGACCUCGAGGUCCUCCGAAUAUCCGACGGCGGCGUGCCCCUGGCCACCGUGGUGAAGGUCGGCGACGAGCUGCAGUGGCCUCUGACCAAGGACGAGCCAGUGGUCAAGCUCGAUUCGCGUAACUACCUUUUCUCGCUGCCGGUGAAGGAGGAGAUGCCGCUGAGCUACGGCGUCAGUUUCUCCGGCACCGGCUCCGGCGAGCUUAAGGCGCUGGACUCGUUCCUGGAAGAGAACUCGGUGUUCACACGGCCGGCGCCGUCGUCGGAGAGGAGAAAAGGGGAGAUAGACUGGAAGACGUUUGCGCCGGCGGUGGAGGACUAUAACGGCGUUCUGGCGAAGGCUAUCGCCGGCGGAACGGGGCAGAUUGUGAGGGGAAUUUUUACCUGCACCAAUGCUUAUGCUAAUCAGGUACACAAAGGUGGGGAGGCAAUCUUGAUUCGAGCGGCCAACGAGAAAAAUACUCAAAGCGACAACAACAAUAGGCGGGAUAUAAAGCGAUCAACUUCUUCUAUUAACAAAACUCUCCGACGUGUGAGGAAGGUGUCGAAAAUGACGGAGAAGAUGAGCAAGGCAAUGGUGGAUGUGAUCGGGGUGGCGAGCGGUUCUGUGAUUGGGCCGGCGGUUCGAUCUCAAGCCGGGAAGAAGAUUUUGUCUAUGGUUCCGGGGGAAGUCCUCUUGGCCUCACUUGAUGGAAUCAACAAAAUACUUGAUGCAGCCGAAGCCGCCGAAAGGCAAGCCAUGGCCGCCACCUCCGGAGCACUAUCUAGGAUCGUCACCGACAGGUAUGGAGAGAGUGCUGGAGAGGCGACGGAGGACGCACUGGCGGCUGCCGGACAUGUCGCCGGAACUGCAUGGAAUGUUGUCAAGAUCAGGAGGGCCAUCAACCCUGCAACCUCAGCUUCCGGUGUGCUAAAAAAUGCUGCCAAGCCAGCUGCUACAAGAUCAUAAAUUUAAAUCUAUAAUUAAUAUUAAAUUCUUAUUUAUAUAGUAAUAAAUAUAUAUAUAUAUAUUUUUCCUACUCAAAUAGAAUAUAAGUUUGCUAUUAUUUCUAUUUAGGAGGUUUCAAAAUAUUUAUAACUUCGU